ACGUCGAAAGUUCCCAGUGCACAAUGUCAUGCCAUUGCCGGCAACAUGUUUUAUCCAAGGAACGUGGCAUCGUGAAAUACGAAAUACAAGAGCACGUGCAGUUCUCAUACAACAAGUGAACGAUUUUUACAGCUUUGAACGGUUUUGGGGAUUUUAUUUACAAAGAUAUUGUGCAACGCCAAUGCAAUGUGAAACAAUGUGCAUGUGUAAUGGGAUAAAACAGAUGGUUAGAUAUAUUCUCCCUAAAAGGGCAUUGCACCUUGGAAAGAUAUGAUUUCUUUUGAAGAAAUUUAUGAUAUUUUCUAAAAAAAAGAAAAAACUGUUUUGUUUUCAAGAGUGAAAAAUCCCAGAGGUUUUCAUUGAGCAUGGAAAUUGCAUUAGUCAAUAUGAGUAUAAUAAAAAUGUAACACAUAUAAAGAUUCAACAGUUCUAUAUUAAAAAUGCAAAAAUAUUAUUGUGUUGCCUUAAAUGCUUUUGUCAAGUCUAACAAUAGACUCAUACGGACUGCAAGAAAAAAAAACUAGAAUGAGCUCAAAAACUAGUUUAAAUCAGCAAAAAACUGGAUUAAUAACGCCAACACAUGCAAUGCAAUAAAAACCCUCUGUGAGUCUGUGAUACGGCAUGCAAAAUGCCACCCACAGAUCAGAUGAUGAUAACUGGAUCUUCUAUUGCAACAGCGGUAUCCCCCGAAUUAUUUACAAGCUCGACAUCGGCAUUUGGUAUUGGAUCAGGCACCGGAGUAACAACAUCAACGACAUUAACGACAUUAACUAACAUAAGCUCAACCUACAUUGGAAUAGUUGGGGGUAAUAAUGCAACAACCAUUUUGGAAAACGGUUGUGUGCCGCCAAUUGAAGAAUGGCAUGACAGCUACUUUGGCGUUAAACUGGCCGUCCCCGAAUGGGAGGCCAUAUUUACAGCAGUUGUGUUAUCUAUAAUCAUCGUACUUACAAUUAUUGGCAAUAUUUUGGUCAUACUAAGCGUGUUUACAUACAAACCCCUGCGCAUCGUUCAGAAUUUCUUUAUCGUAUCACUGGCUGUGGCUGAUUUGACAGUGGCACUUCUAGUGCUGCCCUUCAAUGUGGCCUACUCCAUCUUGGGUCGAUGGGAAUUCGGCAUUUAUUUGUGUAAAAUGUGGUUAACAUGCGACAUCAUGUGCUGCACAUCAUCGAUAUUAAAUUUGUGCGCUAUAGCCUUGGAUCGUUAUUGGGCUAUUACCGACCCCAUCAACUAUGCUCAAAAACGCACUGUGGGAAGAGUGCUGCUUCUGAUUGCUGGCGUCUGGAUUCUGUCGUUACUCAUAAGUUCACCGCCGCUGGUGGGGUGGAAUGAUUGGCCUGAAGAAUUUACCAGCGCAACACCAUGUGAAUUAAACUCUGAUCCCGGAUAUGUUAUUUACUCAUCGUUAGGUUCAUUUUAUAUACCCUUAAUAAUUAUGGCAUCAGUUUACAUAGAAAUAUUUAUCGCAACCCGACGAAGGCUAAGAGAACGAGCCCAAGCAGCCAAGAUCAAUACAAUUUCAACCCGCUCGGCGAGUGGCGAUGUGACUGCGACAGCAAUAACAACCAGUGCCACAUCUAGCAUAUCAUCCUUGUGCUUCAGCGUCGUAUGUUGCUGUAGAAAUUCUACGCCAUUUUCCUCCACACCCAUGAUCCAGAACGAUCAAGAAUCUGAGAGCAGUGAAACAAACGCUAACAACGAAAGUACACGAAUACAAAAACUACAAGAAGCUAAAGCAACAGUUGCGUCGCAGCGAAAGAAAACCCGUCGAGCAAAGAUUAAAGACUCCAUAAAACAUGGAAAGUCCAAAGCACGCAAAAGUCAAAAGGCCAAUGAACAAAAUGUUCAGCGUUCGAAAGAGGGAGGCACAACUGCCAAAAGUCUACUACUAUCGCCAAAUGUAAAAAACUCCGAUCAAGAAAACCAGGAGAUCUCCACCGAAAGCGGAAGUGACCCUAAGGGAUGCAUACAAGUAUGCGACAACCGUGAAGUCAAUAACAUUUCUGCAGGUGAUGGUGAAGCGGAAAAUAUCUCACUGAAAAUAACACCACCACAGUCCUCGCUAGGUGCCACUUCGCUGCAGGGUGUUCCACUUCAAAAGAAAUCUGGUGGUGUAUACCAGUUUAUUGAGGAAAAGCAAAAGAUCUCUCUCUCAAAAGAACGAAGAGCUGCGCGCACCCUUGGCAUCAUAAUGGGUGUUUUUGUCAUAUGUUGGCUCCCGUUCUUUCUAAUGUAUGUGAUUUUGCCAUUUUGUUCGACGUGCUGUCCCACAGUCAGAGUAAAGAACUUCAUAACGUGGUUGGGCUACAUUAACUCCGUACUGAAUCCAAUAAUCUACACAAUUUUCAAUCUAGACUAUAGAAGAGCGUUCAAAAGACUUUUGGGUAUCAAAUAAACAAUUUAAUCGGCCACCAAGACAAUGUUGAUUCUAGUAUUUAACAUAACAUACUAUAUAAUUUAUGUAUAUUUAGUAAUUUAUGUGUAUUAAGUAAGUAACAAAGACCAUAUUAUGUAGUUACAGUGCAAUAAGAAAAAGUAGCUUUGGAAUUAGAGUAGCUUUUUGGCAUUUAGUUGCACCGGUUCC